AUGAAGACCAUCGCUAUCCUCGCUUCGCUCGCCGCCGUCGCUGCCACGACCCUCCCCGAGUGCACUACGGCCAACCUCGCUGGUCUCGGCGCUCUCCUGGCCAAUGCGACGGGCCCACUUCCGCCGUGCGCCAAGGCUAUUCACAUCGACGCCGCCAAGCUCGCCGACCCGAUGUGGCACCCGGCUGAUGAGACGGUGCUCGAGGCUUUCCACAAGGCGCCCGAGUGCAAGACCUACAUCACGGCGCUUGCCGCUGAGCUCAAGAAGGUUAACCCCCCGUGCAACCUUGCCAAGGGUAUGGAGGUGUCAACGGCGGCCGUUGGCGCCAUGUCCUUCGAAGACUUUAUCACGGCGUCGAAGGCUCUCCUUACUGCCAGCACUACCAAGCCUGCCUCCGACGCGACGACCAAGCCCGCGUCCGACGCGACGACGGCUCCUGCCAAGCCUGCGACCUCGGCCCCCACCACGGCGGCUCCUACCACCAAGCCCAGCUCGGCGAUGGCAACGUCGGGUGUGGCUGCACUUGCGCUCACGAUGACUGUGGCCGCUUUGAUGUAA